AUGACAGCAGCUUACACAGGCACUAUCUGGUACACUAAAGGUCCGCUGGGAAUAAACUCACUCGCACAGAUGCUGCCAAAGAUGUGUAAAGAGGCGGGGACAACAGCUAUCUACACCAAUCACAGCCUCAGGGUGACUGACAUACAGAAGCUGUCAGAUGCAGGUCUUGAAGUGAGGGAGAUCAUGACAUUUUUUGAAGCACCUCCUGUUGAGAUGGCAACCCCAGUGAAGCUGCGGAUCAUCUUUGGCGAGGAUGACAUCCGCAAACUAGUUCUGCCUUCAGGCAUCCCGGGCGCAAUUCAGGACCUCACUGAUGUUAUUCAAAAGACAUUUCGCAUUACAGGAUCAUUCACUGUAAUGUAUCAGGACAUGGAUUUUGAUGGUCAGUUUUUCACUUUGACCUCAAUUGAGGAAGUACAAGAUAAGGCUACCCUCAAACUUGUAAUGACUGAACCAGUAGUCUCAACUCUCAAUCCUGUGGACUUGUCAGACAUAGAAUCCCUAGUACCACAGUCUUCUGAUGCAAGCUCUUGCCACUCAUCUGGAUCUCAGGACACAAUCCUGCUUUCCCACCAAGAUGAAAGUGGAACAUCCUACAGGUCUAAGCCAUGGCCAACUAAGUUUGAAAUACCACCUUUUUCUUAUGACGUAGACCUUGUACUGGAAGCUGGAAACCAGGCUUAUGAAAAGGAAGGCACACUGUUGAUCAACCCGAGAGUAACAAGUAGCAUACUUGACAAGCUAUCAGAGAAAAUAUUUUGCUUCACAGCAUACCCAACUUGUGUCCAGAUUUUAGCUGUAGCUGAAACCUUGGUAGAAAAGUACCCGUGCCUCAAAGAGCCAGGGUCUUUUAAUGGCUUAUAUGGCUGGCAACAGAGGAUCAAGUAUAAAAUGGGCAAUUACCGGGCAAAGUUAAGAGGCCGCCAGCUAGCUAUUCCAGAACUGGAGGUUAACACACUGAAGAGACGAUGCUCCAAUGAAGAGGGUUCAUCUAAAGGCAUCAAAAGGCCGAAGAAAGCUGAAGUGAACUACCUGCCACCACUGCCAUUAGGUGAGACAGAGGAAACUUUAGAGAAGGAGAGACUAGAUUUGCUCAAGGAAAUAAAGAAGAAGAACAAUGGGAAGAUAAUUAAUGAGAAAAUGGAGAAGUCUUUCGCGGUCCGAAGAACAGAGGUUGUAAAUCACUGCCCCACAGUUCAAGACCUCAUGGAACGAUGGCCUUCUCUGUUCAGUGAAACUCAGAUCAAAGAAGAGUUCAAAAGAAUAAUCACAAUUCAUCUAGAGCGAACCUUUUUGUCCAAACUGGACAGGCACACCACCAAACUCGUGGAGAUAUUUAGGAAGAAGGGCGGGAUUGCAGGAACGAAGAUUAGACCAAUGUUGGACUCACUGAGUGAGCAACAUGUUGAAGGCAGAAGAGACAUCAUCAUCAUGGUUGAGUUCCUUGGAGAGUCUGUAGAGGAGCUGAUCAAAGACUACCAGGAUGUGAGCCAAGAAGCAGUGAAAGAGGACUGCAGUCAACACAUCAUGAAGAUCAUUGUCAUCCAUCCAAACGUGGCACAGGAAAAUCAAGAUCCCAGCUACGUGUCGGUAAUCAUAGAGGAGAAAGAAGUUCUGGAGGACUGCAGAAGUGUCACAAAUGCUUGCCUGCUGCUCAUGGGUGUCAUCUAUGCAGUCAAUUUAAGUUACCCACUGAAACUGAAAUACACAUUUGAAGUAUUUCAGAAACUGUUUCUUGAGCUUGACAUCCUCAAAAUGUCUUCAAAAGUCCAGGCUCUCCACAAGAAACUCUUAGCAUGAAUGUUUGCAGUGCUGCAGUGUUUUGAAUCCUUGUGCUUAUGUCCCACAAAGGAAAGGUUUUUUGUUUUUUUUCCGCAUUUCCUGUCAGUGAUCACAGCGAUCCACUACCAAACGGUGUUGAUAGACACUUGAUACAUAUGUUGUUCUUUGUUCUGAGAUUUAAAAGCAAGCAAGACCUUACAUGGACUCUUUAAAUCGUCAACAUGUUUAUGUUGUGGUUAUGAUAAUGCAGUCAAGUUACCCACUGAAACUGAAAUACACACUUGAAGUAUUUCAGAAACUGUUUCUUGAGCUUGACAUCCUUAAAAUGUCUUCAAAAGUCCAGGCUCUCCACAAGAAACUCUUAGCAUGAGUGGUUGCAAUGUUUUGAAUCCUUGUGCGUAUGUCCCACAAAGGAAAUGUGGAUUUUUUGUUUUUGUUCGCCUUUCCUGUCAGUGAUCACAGCGAUCCACUAACAGUGUUGAUAGACAGUUUAUACAUCUUUGUUCUGAGAUUUAAAAGCAAUACGUUACAUGGACUCUUUAAAUCGUCAAUAUGUUUAUGUUUGCGGUUAUGAUAAUGUUAUGUAGAUAUU